AUGGCGGAAUCUAGCUCCUCUAGUGAUAGCGAGAGACCCGCAUCUCCCUCUGUUGCACGAACUGGACCGAAAUCGUCGAGAACCUUUGUAUGGUUGAGGGGUCUACCUAAAGCAAUCCCACGUGGAAGGCCUUGGGAUGAACUAAAUCGCGAGGGAAGAGUAAAGGAGAUCGAGUUCGGGAAGAAAUUCACCGAACGUCAGAUGAGGGACAAAAUAAAAGAGAAUUUCCCCGAAUUGGCAGAAGUUGACUUCAAAAGGUAAGCUCCAUCUGUAGAAACAAUUAUGAUUGUGCCGCGAAACGGAACAUUCUCGCCUCUAAAAUUACGUAACAAAGCCGUAAGCAGAUGCGCCUCCCGGGAAAAAUACUGCUCGUCCAGGCAACGUUUGAUUAAAGCAAAUCUUAAGCAAUAAUUUUGAAGUUGUAGAAUGACUAAAGGCACUGUCGUGCGUAAUAACUUUUUGGGCUGACCAAAGAAUUUCUGUCAGUGCCCGGAAACGUGAUAUUCUCGCACUCCUCGAGUUCACGAAACGAAGGGAGUGGAUCACAGCGAGCGCGGAGCGCGAGUGCGCGCGCGUGGAGCACAGAAAAAUCAACCAUCAGUAAAAUAAUACAAUUUUGAAGAUAACUCGUCAGAACUUCCAUUUGUUUCUUUCUCUAUAAUUCGUUGUGUUACUUUUUAAAUUUCCCCCACGUGUUAUCAAAAUAUCAAGCACAACCAAAGAUUAUCGAUCAAUUUUAUUUUAUUAUUGACUGCAAAUAUAGUCUUUCGAAAGCAUAUCAAGUGAUAUACAAAGAACUAACAAACUGGAGCAGACUAUGAAACACCAAAGUUAUCACCUGCUUGGGUAAAAAGCAAUACUUAUCAAUUAUUGGCAGUUUUAUUGCAUACACAAUUCAGUGACUAACCAAAACGUUGAAUGUAUUGUAGUAUUCACCCUGUAUAGCUUGCGGGAUUUCAUUGUCAAGUGCUCAGCCCAAAUGUGAUAUCCCCGAGCCCUGCUACCUUCAAUCUUAGACAAAACGUGUUGCGAGAAAACUCUAUAACACUCUUAAAUCUCUCAAGCAUGCCUUAUUUCCUACUUCCCCUCAUCCAAUGUUGUAAAAAAGAAGUGCGAUACAGAGUGUAGACCACAUCAGAGGUUAGACCUGAUGGGGUAGGAUAAGUUACUUUACUAUGUUACCAGAGAAAACAUUGCACUUAUUGACGUCUAACCAGUGCCAGAUCUAGACCUUGCGAUAGGGAGGGGGGGUCAUCCAGACCUUUAGAUAAGGGGGGAAGGGGCGGUCUCAAAAAAAAUUUUGGCCCUUCAGGGGAAUGGCAAGGCUGUGCUCUAAGCAGAAUUGAACUAAAGGAAAUCUGGGGUGCUCAGCUCUUACUUGUCAGCUUUCAUAAAACAAAGUUAUCAAGUUGCCCAAAGGAAAACCUGGGUGACUAAGGCACCAGGAUACCAGACCACAGCCAUGCACACAAAUCAGAGAGGAGCACCAUGGUAAUUUUUUCAGUGUAUGCUUGACAAACAGUGGUCCAAUAAUUUUUUAGUAUAAGGUUAAUUUAUAUUAAUUUAUAUACUGUAAUUGUCUUUCUCAUACUGCUUCAGAAGCUUCCUUGCCUGUUGUGUGAUGAACUUUCACCAAGAGUGUUGCCUGGCAGCACAGUCUCAUUUUCUUCUAAGUUUUUCUUUUUUUUUGUGACAGAAUACGCCUUUACAAAUCUGGCAGCCGGGGUAGCAUCUUGAAGAAGGUGGCCAAAAACAUGCCAGAUGCAACACAAUUGUUGCACAAGUUUAAAGGAGGCACGUCUAAAAGGGUCUACCUCAUUCUGAAGAAUGAUGAUGAGAAUGGAGGUACUGACAUUUAAAUGUUAACACAAUUUUCAUUUACUCGCAGACAUUCAAAACUCAUUCUUUUCCUUUCAGUUCUAUAUCUUUCUGUAUGCAAAUAAUUCUUUGUCUGAAUUAAAGUGUUGAGACUUCUACCUGAGGCCAACCUUUUCAAACAGCAGAGUCACUCAAUAACAGCUUACACCUGUAGUUGAAGUUUACAUACCAGAGACAAGUACCUCCCAUUGCCAGUUCCAGUCACAGUAUGCAGAGUUGUAAUGUUUUGACUGCUUUCAUUUUCAGAGAGGUCCAACUCUGAAAUGAUAUAGGAUCUGCAUCUGCCACACAAGGAAGGACAAACGCAGUUGUACCUAGAGAUGCAGGCAAGUAUAAACAUGUAGCAAAGAAAUCUGCCUCCACUUGCAUUCCCAAGUUAUCACUAAAAAAAGGAACAAAAAAAAACACAGCAAAAGAAAAACAAACACACUGAUUUUAUAUUCAAUGGAGGGCAUUAAAAAUUAUACAGAAACGACCCAUCUGUAUUGCAAAGGUAAAAUAAGCAUCUGAUAGACAACCUCUUCGCUAAAAUCACAGCAUUUACACAUACUCCGGUAGGACCCCUAUUCGAAAAGAACUUGGCAGUUGUAAAUACACGACAGGUUGUUUCGGUUUAUUUGAAAAGGCAAAUGGAAUUAGGAUUCAAAACAGGCUCUAAUAUACAUUUUCAAUUUGUAGUGCAUUCUUUCUUUCCGAUAAUUCUGAAAGUGAUUGUUUUACAUAGGGAUCGUCAAGAUCUUCCACAGCUAGCAAUUAAGUAUAUUAUGUCUUUGUUGUUACCUGGGUUGCAGUAGUCAAUAAUUUAAGAAUGAAACAAUAAACUGAGACCUUGUUAUCAAAACCAAAAGACAGCCGAUUCUUAAGUUCUAAUUAAAAAGCUAUCUCCCUUAUCUUUUUUUCCCCCUUAGAGUGACUUUAUAGAUGUUACUCUAAUGCCAGACGAUUUUACUUGUGAAAUGGGGACCCCUUAGGAGCCAAAGGGUUAAAGUGCCUUGCAAAUAGGACAAAGGGUAUUUUUCAGGCAUAAUUUAAUCAAAAGAUGAACAUUAAUUUUUCCAGCUGAAACAAGACAAUACUUAACUGCCCUAAGUCAGUCCGCCAGUACACAGCAGAUGGACAAUGGUAAGUUUGAAUAGGAAACAUGCCAGAGUAUAAUGUAAAUUAGCCUCAAAACUACGAUUGUGAAAGGUUAAAAACAGUUAUAAAGCCAAAUGACCUUCCCAAAAAUUAAUAGUUCUGACAAAAGUAACCCAAAAUUGCAUAUUUUCGAUUGUAUAUUUACAAAAUGUGCCAUUAUGCUGUUUUAGAUAGGCUCUAAAAAAUUAAUGCAGAAGCCACAAACGAAAGAACUACCCCGGUAGCAUACAUGUAAGCCAGCACGACACCUGGAAUUCUUAAACAAUACUGAGCCACAUGAUUCCUCCUGGAAUACAUUCACCCAUGCUUGUUUACAUUGCUUCUCAUGACUUUGAACCAGUACAUUAGUAUGUUGUUUCAGUCAAUAAGAAAAGAUAAGCUUAGAAAUAAUUAAUAAUGAACAAGUGAAAAAAAAAAUGGUCAAGUUCUUUCUCUGCUUAGCCAUCCAACCUAAAUUUUCACUCUAUGUUUGGAAGUAUCCACGUAAUAUCUGCUCGUGAUAUGUCAAUGCAUAUUUCCACAGAUGCUAAUUUACUACAGAGUCCAUUUGGGGAAGUGAUAGAUGUGGACCUUUAUCAAGGUAAGACUGUCAAAAUUGGCUCCACACAUUCCCAUGUCACUCAAAACUACAAUUUACAUACAAGUCAUGUGACAAUCUCAGAGUUGCUAAGAACCUUCUUUCCUGUAAUAACAUUCUGAAUAGUCUGUUAAAUAUGAAGAAAGUGCCCCUAACUUUCAUAUAAAAAUCAUUUCUAAUGCCCAGGGAAGAUGCCAUAAUUUGUACGACAAAAUGUUGAUAUCUCAUGGUCACUUUUGAGUAAUGUCAAUGUAUAUUUCAACAGAUGUUGAUUUAUCUCGGAGUUCGCAUACAGAGGUGAUAGAUUUGGACCAGAGUCAUGGUAGGAACUUUGUUCUAAUUAGUCCCUGCAAUACAACCUUAAGCUUAACCAUUUACCGUAUCAUCUGUGACAUCAUUGACAAGUAAAUUAAUCUUGUCUGAUUGGUGAAAGUGCAGGGGUUGGGACGUGAGUUUUGCCACAGUAUUGUAGUCUCAACACCCCAAGUUCUAUGAUCAUGUAAUAAAUGAAGAAGGAACUUUGCCAAAGGACAAUAUACUGUUAGAGACAAAAGUCUUUGUACUUUCCCCUGGAUACUUGACAGAGUGUAUCACAUUCUCUUAUCUAAAGAUCACGCUGUUUUACAGGUUGAAAAACAUCGCAACUGGGUGAAUGUGAAGCCUGUAAAAUAAAGGUUUCCUCUUUUUUUCAGAUGAAUAUAAAUUUGUCCAUACCCCCACCCCCCAAAAAAAAAAAAAAAAAAAAAAAAAAGGAAAAGAAAAGAAAAGAAAUAAUGGAAUAGACUUUAAAAAAUUGGGCUUACUACUUCUUAAGAAGGCAUGGAUAUUACUUCUUUUAAUAAUCUAAAAAAAUGACAUGAUCUGCAUUUAUAAGUGUGUCAUUCAUUACUCAGUUUGGCAAGGAUAUCCUUCAUCUGCAACAGAAACUACAACUGUAUCCAGUUAUUCCAAAGGUACAUAGUAGGAGUUAGGUACUAAUAACUGUUCACCGAAGUGGAGUUUGCUAGUGGUGGAUAUUAAUUUUGUCGAGCCACAGAGCGACAAGGUAAAUAUCCACCGCUUGCCGCAACACUUAGGUGAAUAGUUGUUUUAUUAGAAAAUAAAAAAGUGUGAUGAUGUACAUGUAACACCAAACUGAUUAUUUUUAACUCAGUUAUUCCAGUCAACAAUUACCAAAUGUAUUCACUUAUAAGGUGCACGUGAUUAUAAGACGCACCCUAAACUUUUGAAGACAAUUGUGACAAGUAAGCAAAAUGAAAAUUUCACCUAAAUACCCUGUUAUAAGGCGCACCCAGAAUUACGUGAAAUUUUGUUGACCACGUUCGCAGUACUUACAAGAAUUUGCUUCCAAAAGGUACUAAUUACUGUGCUUUCAUUCUCCAAACAAAAGUGAAAAAGUCACACAUUACAAACAAUAGUUAUAAGAUACACCCCGAGUUUUGAGCAGUUUUUGAUCAAACAAGCAUUAAGUGAAUAAAUACAGGUAUUAUUAUUUUUUGGGGGGGCUUGCAUUUUUUUGGUAGGUGAAUAGCCCUUUAUAUACCAUGUUCUGGUAGCCACACACACUAUACCCUGUUUGAGAAGAUGCAAAUGUAGGAUACUGAGUUAACUACAGUUGUGAAGAAAAGAGAAUUACACACAUUACAUUAACCUAUAGCAGCAGUGUGCUCCUUUUACCCUCCCAUAGGAGGAUCAUUUUGAUUUGCUGUUGCACUCCACUAUUUAAUAUGCCAAGUUAACAUUUCAAAAUCCCACAUUUUUUAAGCAAAGUAAAUCUACACACUCCAUGCCAUAUCACUGCCUCUCAAAUGUGAAUUGUUCUUUGUGCAAGGGUCCAUGCUUGUUACUUUUUUUUUUAGGUAUUCUUGGCACACCUUUCUACAGUGAAGGCACCAAAG